AUGACUACAAUACGUCCAUUUGAACCAAGCGAUUUAUUCAGAUUUAAUAAUGUCAACCUCGAUCCGCUUACAGAAACAUAUGGGUUGCCUUUCUACAUGCAAUAUUUAAUCAAUUGGCCCGAAUAUUUUCAUGUUGCAGAACACCCAACUGGUCAAAUUAUGGGAUAUAUUAUGGGAAAAGCAGAAGGCAGAGGACAAGAAUGGCAUGGGCAUGUAACAGCUGUGACAGUUGCAUCAGAUUUUCGAAGGAUGGGAUUGGCAGCUAAAUUUAUGAAAUUAUUGGAGGAAAUUUCUGAGGAGUUUGUUGUUUUUUUUACUUUUAAAUUUUAAAAAUUAUUAAGUGGGGGGGGGGGGGGUUUUGCUGAUUUCUUGUAGUUUUUUCUUUCUGUUUUCCUCCAUUGUUUCCUUAACAUAAGCAAGACAAGCAAUGUGUUUACCAUGGGCCAUGUCGACACAAAAAUCCCGUUAUUUAUUCUCGGGUCUGAAUUCUGGUGCUCACCAAGAUCAUGACGACAUAAAACCAUCAACCACCUCCAGUUGGUGCUCACGUAU